UACAGAGACACGUUACUAGCUCGAAAAUGGUAGCAGCUUGAAGCAUUGUAAACCAUCACCGUACACGAUCGAGUGUUAGGAUUCAAAUCUGCCUUCUAGCCUCUCGCCGGCUUCUGCGGUGAUAUAGUCUAAACAUCUGCGUAGUUGAAAUCGUGUGCCUCAAUUUAAGUUUCAAUGUUUUCAUCCUCAUCUCGACCGCCGAAGCAAAGGCAAACUCGUCUCUCCUUUGCGCAACCUUCGUCCUCACCGACUGCCCGUCUACCUGCCCGUGCAGGAACUUCUCACCAUCCUCCUUCCUCGCCUCUCCCGGCGCGCAAGUCUCUGCGCAGCGGCACGCUUGAUAGAUGGCGUAAUUCAAUUAUGGACAGUCAACGUACUGUGAGACGUGGCCGUGAGAUUGAUGAAAGGGAGGCAUCUCCCAGCCAUACAAAUGAAAUUGAAAUCAAGGAUGAAGAUGAUGAGAUAGUCAGAGGCCCUUCGCUCGAUCUAGACGAAUCUAGUGAUGAGUUGUCCUUGGAGCCUUCGCGAAUGAACGAAAAGAAACGCAGGAGAAUGGCGAGCUCGUCCUCGUCUCCUGAACCAGCGGCUAGGAAACGAUCGAAGUCUACAAUCCACGCAGCUACCAACAAAGAAAUUAAAGAGCAUCGCUCGCCUUUUGGAGCCAUUAAGUCCAAUCGAACCCAUAAGUCUCCAGUCGAUUCGGAUGAUUCAGACAAUUCAAAUUCAGAAAGUUCGCCGUCUGAAGGGUUCCAUUGGUCCGAUGCAAUUGCCUAUUCUCAAACCACUCCCAAGAGAGCCAAUACGAAGACUACGCCCCUGAAACCGCCGCGCAACAGUUUAUCCUUCCUCUCCGGUGGAAGCACUGGAGCUGCUCCACUUUCGCACUCACAGCGGUCAUCCAGACAUACUAAUACGCCUUCCAAGCGAUUGAAGAUUGCAAAGGAAAACAUUCAGACGCCAAAAAUUACCCACGAAGAUGCCGUUACUCCCUCACGCUCAGCGACACGCCGAAUAGUACUAUCCAGCGAUGAUGAUGAUGAAUCAGAAAGCGAAAGGAUCUCCGGAUCCGAACAUACUGGCUCAGAGGGCCUGCGUGAGGAAGCAGGGGAAAUCGAAACAGGCGGAAAGGGCCCGGAUGGAGAGAGUUCUGAAGGAGAGGUGCAGGUCAUAGAAAAUGUUAGAAAGAACGACAGCGAUGCUGAAGGUUCAGAUGCACCCCCGAGUUCUGCUGUUAGGAGAGGGUCAAAACGACGAUUGAUCAAUAGGUCAAAGAAGCAAGUGGUUUCAGAUGAAGAAAACGAUGAAGUCAAUGAUCAGGAAGCUGAGGAUCUCAAAGAAGAUUUGGAAGACUUGCAAGGGAACCGUGUCCAAAGAUCACGAACUCGUGGUCGGGCUCAUCAGUCAUCCACAAAGAGCAAACUUCAACAAACCCUUGAGAAACUCAGACGUCGUCGUGCCGGUGGAAGAUCUGCGUCUGCCCCAGACGAAGCGGAUUACGACUCACAGAGCGAUAAUCCUACAGAAAUCACCAAUCUUCCAGCACACCUACAAGAGGACGAUGACCAAGAAGAUGAUUAUGGUGAUGACCCCAACGGAGAUGCAGAGGAAGAAGAUCAUGCACCGAAGUCUCAUGCCAGGAGCUCUCGCCAUAAAAAGAGAGAAGAUCUCGACACUUAUGAAGAAGAUUUCGUUGUUGACGAUGCUGAUGAUAUGAUCGGUGCUCCAGAGGAUGACGGGACCGGCCUCUACGACAUGCCGAUUGAAUUCACCAGACAUGCGCAUAAAUCACUGAAACAGCACUUCAAAGAUGCUGUCGAAUGGAUGGUACAUAACAGAAUAAAUCCUAGUUUUCCACGAAAAGACGGCAUCUACGAGAUCGCUUUUCGACGACUCAACAACGAGGUGCAAGGCCUAAGCUUGUCCAAGUUCAUAUCGUCCAGUUGGAAAGAGCCCUUUGUCCGCGCCUUGAGUGCUCGUCCACAUUUACUUCAGCUUGAAAUCGAACGCGAGCAGCGCGCAAAUAUGUUUGAGACUAUGAAAUGCGAAGCCUGUAAUAGACGGCACAUUGUCACGUGGCGAGUACAGUUCAAGGGAAAGCCAUAUCAUCUUGACACACUCGAAGAUGUUUCAGAUGGCGAAGACUCGGAUUCAGAAGGCGCAGAAGAAGACGACGAAGAGGACGAAGAGGUACAAGGAACUCACGAUCGCGAGGGAAGAGAGAUUCCUCGCGCAGACCGUUGGUUCUUUCUCGGAAGGUUCUGCAAAGCAAAUGCCGAAUCUGCGCACACGCUAAUCCAUUGGCGCUUUCAUCUGAAUGAGUGGGUUGUCGAUCAUCUCGAGCAAAAAGGGUACAUGGAUCCCGAACAGAUUGUCCAACGAGCAAAAUGGAGUAAUAAUAAGAGGCGCGACCACGCGAAUGAGAUUGUCGACGUCAUGGAGCAGGAAGGUGAGAUUCGCAAUCUCUGGAGAGACUUUAGAGCGAAUUUGGAGGCUGCUCGUGAAGCGAAGACCGAUCCGUACGGCAGAUAACGAUUUAAUCUCAACUCUCUGACUAUUGCCUGUGGCUGGAAUAUUUGGCAUAGCUGCUGGAGCAAUUGAGGGAUUGGAUAUUGGAUGUUUCGCUGUUCUGGAACUUAAGUGAGCACGGACUUGGGAACCAGGAAGGACAUCCCCCUUUUGCUUUGCAAAUUCCCUUUUUCUUUAACUCUUAUAUAGCUGCCCAGCAUCCUUCGUCGACACGGAACGCCUUGGCGAUUCUCUGCUGAAUUCUGAGUAUGCUCGUUCCAAGUGUAUUCACUCUUCAUAGCGUAUUCGAAGCCA